AUGGCGCCUCCCGGGCCUCGCUGCCUCUCCCCCGGCUUCAGGAGCGCCCUCCCCGGCCUCCUGCUGCUCCUCCUCCCGCUGUGCUCCGCUUGGCAUCAGGACAUGGAGCUGUUCGACCUGGUGGAGGAGGUUCCGCAGGGGUUCUACCAGCUGCUGUCCGUGCCGCAGGACGCCCCGCUGUCAGACAUUAAGAAGUCUUACAGGAGACUGUCUCUGCUUCUGCAUCCGGACAAAAACAAAGAUGACGACGCAGAGGAGAAGUUCAGACAGCUCGUGGCCAUAUAUGAAGUCCUGAAGGACGAAGAGCGACGCAAACGGUAUGAUGACAUCCUGGAGCACGGCCUGCCGGACUGGAGACAGCCCGUGUUUUACUACCGCAGCGUUCGGAAGAUGAGCAACACGGAGCUGUGUCUGCUGCUGUUCAUCAUCAGUACUGUGGCCCACUACACCGUGCUGUGGUCUGUGUACCUGGAGAAGAUCCUGGACGAUUUGUUGAGUCGUAAAAAAAGAGAGAAGAAAAAGAAGACCACGAAAGGAGAGACUGACAAAUGUGACAGGUCUCAUGAGCGCCCCCAGUGGCAGGACUUGCUCCCUCUUAAACUCUGCGCUUGGAUGUUUGUGUCUGUGAAGAGGCUGCCACAGACUGUGCAGGAGGUGAAGUCGUUCUAUGAGGAGCAGCAGAUUAUGAAGCAAAGAAUCAAAGAGGAACAAGAGCAGGAGCACGAGGAAACGCAGACACGGGAGAAGAAGGUGAAGGUGAAAAAGCCUAAAAUGGAGUUUCCCAUUUAUGAACCUGCCCUCGAUAACAACAGCGGUCUCCAUGGUUACGACGCUGCAACAUCCAUCGAGGAAAUCGAGGAGCAAAUGGACGAUUGGCUCCAGGAGAAGAAGAAGAAGAAGGGCUCUGAUUGGUCAGAGGAGGAGCUGAGUUUGCUGAGUCGACUGAUGGUUAAAUUUCCCGGUGGAACUCCAGGACGAUGGGAGAGAAUCGCUCAAGAGCUGAACCGCAGUGUCGCCCAGGUCACCACCAAAGUGAAGCAGGUGAAGGAGCAUGUGAGCCACACCCCCUCCGGUAUGGUGAAGCUGUCAGAGCUGAAAGCCCCGCCCCCUGUGACAUCACUUCCUGCAGACGAUGACAUCACUCAGAGGGAGGCUGUGGUCUGUGACGAGGAGGAGGAGGAGCUUGUGUCGAGGAGGCGGACCCAGGCCAAGGUCAGAAGUCGACGUCAGGCAGACUUUGACCCAGAAGAACAGGAAGAGGAGGAGCCUAACACCACCUCUGACUCCGCCCAAUCGGGCUCAACCCCCUGGACUCAGAACCAACAGCGCCUCCUAGAGGCUGCGCUGCAGCACUUUCCCAGAGGAACAAGUGAAAGAUGGACCAGGAUCUCUGUGGCUGUGCCCGGCCGAACCAAGGAGGAGUGUAUUUCCCGUUACAAGAUGUUGGCUGAACUGGUCCAGAAGAGGAAGCAGACCAAGACCUCAUGA